AUGAGCCCGGAGCAUCCCAUAACCGAGAGCCAGCUGGCGGCUCUUCGAAAGUACACGGCAUGCGAUAUAUCAGAUGCCUUGCUAAAGCUCAGGGUGCCCGGAGCAGGAUUCGUUGCCGACCUCCAGCUUUACAGCCAAGCAGGAGGAGGCCCCGAUGGUCCCAUUACUAUAGCUCCGGCUUUCACAGUCCUGUUUGUCCCCAAAGGCACGACGACCUUUGAUUCGCACCCAUCCAACAUCCCCAAAGACACUCAUUGGGCAGACCUCACGCGGCCAGGUACCGCCGUCAUCAUUCAACAACCCGACGGUCAGAAGAAUGCGGUCUGUGGCGGGAUAAUGGCCCUGCGCAUGAAGGCUCGUGAGGUCAAGAGCAUCAUCGUCGCUGGCCGAGCCAGGGACCUUGAUGAGCUGCGGAGUACAGGGCUCCCGGUAUGGGCUCGGGCACUCUCCACUGUUGGUGCUGGUGCCGCCAGUACUGCGUGGGCGGUCGAGGUGCCCCUUGACAUCGACGGCACGUCCGUCACACCGGGCGACCUCGUCUUCAGUGACCCGGCCAAUGGCGUGGUCGUAAUCCCCAAAGACAAGGUCGACCAGGUCCUCGAGCUGCUCCCCCGAUUGACGGCUGCGGAUGAGAGGGUCAAGGAGGACGUCCUUACGGGCGUCAGUGUGUAUGAUGCUUUCAAGGCCCACAGAAGUAAUCUCUGA